AUGACAGCUCUUGCUGGGAUACGUGCAGGCAGCAGUGACGGCGAUGACAGUGACGGCGAUGACAACGAUGGGGAGGAGGGGGAGGAGGAGGGGGACAAAGUGGUCAUGAGGGCUGUGGAAGGACUGGACAACGGAGAAGAUGAGCAGAGAGAGGAGGAGGAUGAAGAUGAGGUUGAAGGAGGAGGAGAAGAAGAAGAGGAGGAGGAGGAGAAGAUGAGGAGCUGCUUCUUCAAGCACAACAUUCUCUUCAAGCGCCUAUGUCACCAAGGAGGCGCGGCAGACAGCGUUUGGACUUGCCAAGGAGCAGCUGCUUCUUCAAGCACAACAUUCUCUUCAAGCGCCUAUGUCACCAAGGAGGCGCGGCAGACAGCGUUUGGACUUGCCAAGGAGCAGGUUGAAGAAGCUAAUGCGCCGGUAUCAGGCAAUCUCCCAUCUUGGCUUCGUGGAACCGUCGUCAUCAACGGCUGUGGCGACUAUCGUGGCAUGGAGCAUCUAUUUGACGGUUUCGCCUUCCUCACCCGCAUUCACUUAGACGGUGUGACGGGGCGUGCGACUGCCAGCCAGCGUUUCCUGGACACGGACGCGUACAGGUCGUGCAUGGCAUGCAUGUUUAGCUGUGGCGUGUUUGGCAUGAGCAAGGGCCGGGCCUUCACUGACAACGCAUCUAUCAACCUCAUCCCGCUUCCAGGAAAUAGAUUGCUGGCGCUUGGCGAGACUCGUAGCGCUGCUUACAUCGUGGAUCCAGCCACCCUCGCAACUGUACGGCAGGUGGAGUACGACGACGAUUUUCCGGGUGACCUGACGACAGCCCACCCCAAGGUGGCACCCGACGGUUCCAUCAUGAACUUUACUCGCAGUUUACCGUUGGGCGGUUACCACGUGUUUCGGCAGGACCCUGUAACCCUGAGACGCACGAAGAUUGCUUUCAUACGCGACCGCAACCCGUGGGCCCCCUGCUGGGUUCACGACAUGGCCAUCACCUCCUCCUCACUCGUGGUGGUGGAGACCCCGCUAUUCAUUAGCAUGGCUUCACUAAUUCUCGGGACGAAGAGGCCGUACGCCUUCAUGGACUGGAAGCCGGAGGCAGGCUGCCGGGUCCACGUCAUCGCAUUGGAUGGCUCCGGAGUGGUGACCCACACGGCCCCCGCGUUCUUCACUUUCCACCUCGGCAACGCCUUCGAGCGCCCGUCUGGAACCAGCUCCGGAACCGAAAUUUGCCUGGAUUUUAGUGUGUACGAUGACCCUGAGAUCAUUAACGAUCUGUCCCUGGAUCGUCUUAAAGCCUUCCCGGGCAAAGACAUAUCACCCGGCCGGCUGAGGAGACUGGUCAUUCCGUUGCGGGAUGCGGCCAACCGACCGGUGGGUCCAUCGUCAUUGGCGGCUCCCGUGCCGCUGCUUACAGACGAGAACGCGUACGGCAAUUUUUUCGAGUUCCCGGCCAUCAACCCACGAUUCCGGGGGAAGCCGUACAGGUACAUGUACGGCACCGCUGCCAUACGACCGACCAAUAUGGGCAACGCGCUGGCUCGUCACGACCUGGAAAAAGGGAGCAGUUUUGUGUGUUCCAUACCGGGAAGCAUGCCAGGGCAGCCCAUUUUUGUGCCGCGACCCGACGGGUCAACCGAGGAUGACGGAGUGCUGCUGGCCCCGAAGAUCAUGCCGGGCGGGAGAAGCGUAUUGUGUGUGUAUGACGCAGCGGAUAUGAGCGGGCUGGCGAACGUGGACUUGCCGUUUAAGGUGCCGUACCGAUUUCACGGCGCUUACGUGGCAGCGAAGGACUAA